AGAAAUUUUGUCUGCACCCAACAGAGUGCGUUUUGCGUGUAAAAUAUAUUUUGGUUGAAUAGUCAAAUCUUCAACAAGUGCGGAGUAAUAAUAAUAACUGCCAUUUGUAUGCAUUUCAUGGUCCGAUGAUGGUGAAUUUGUCAAAGCUCGUAUUUUGUAAUUGCUGAAACUACAUGUUAUAAAACGAUAAAGUGUAAUGCUAAAACUGUCAAAUCUGCAUCGCAAGACAGUCGUGUCGAAGGAUAUUUUAAGGAGACUUGAGCACGCUUGCAGCCAUUAAACGAAAUGACUUACCUGAACAAAUUUCUCCUUCCACAGGUUUUGGCUUUCUGUAUUUUUGUCAUGUACGUUGAUUCAACAUGCAGACAACGAUGUAAACUUAGUCUUGAGCAACAAGGAUACAAAACGUGCGUUAAAGCAGGUACAGAAUGCAAAAAAGGCCCUAGCGGAAAAGAAAGAUGUUACGAAAAGCAGCCAGUUGUUCCAGCUUCAAAAAAUCCAGAAGAUGUAAUAAAGUCGGCCACGUUCAAAGUUUCUUCUCAGGCAAACGAUAUCGUGAAACCAUCCAACAUUUUUGAUGGUGACAUGGAUACUCUUUGGGUGAGCGAAUUUGACAAAGAAGAGAAACCUUAUAUCGAGAUCACCUUUGCGGCAGAAUAUGUGAUCGAUUUAUAUAUCAUUAAAGGAGUAAACUUUAAUAGAGAUGCUUACAAACUUACCCAUUUUGAAUUGUCAGUGGACGACAUAAUGUUACCGGAAUCUUCAUAUACAUACAACAGUGAAUCUAACAUUGUCACAGUUUACUGGAAGUGAAAAAAACGUGAAGAAGAUAAAGUUAAUGCGUUUCAAGCCACCAAA